AUAUUGAGCUUGCUCUCUGACGAGAGAGCUCCUUGCUCUUGAGCAAACCCUUUCUUUUUUUUUGCGCGGCAGUUAGUCACAAGUUGUCGAUUAUCCGGUGGUUUUUUGAGGUCGGUUUCCCCCACCCUCCUUCCCUGUUAACAAAUGAAUGUUCGGAUUGCCAUCACUUCCACCUCCCCUCCUCCUGAUCUCAUCUCUCCAUCCAACCGGCAACUCCCUGCCCUAGGCUCAGGGGCUGGCUCUCCAUCAGCUGAUCGAAGGGUUGGGCGAGACAAGUUAACUUUGGGGCUGUCUUCCUGUUCAGAAACUGCGGCAAGUGCAAGAGUCUCGAUUUCUAGCUCUCCACUGGUCAGGAGACAGCUGUCAGCCCCUUGAAUUGUGCCCCCAGCUCCACUUUUGGUGUUUGAAUCUGUGGACACAACCUUAUACCUAAAAGGCUUUGGAAGUGCCACUUCUUUGAAACAUAACCAUGUUGGCAGAGGUGGGGGCACAGGCUGCCCAAGUAUACAAGAACCUCCUGAAAGGAGAUCCAAGGAUUGAAGAAUAUCCCCUAAUGGUAUCUCCAAUCCCUAUGACUACUAUCCUUUUGUUCUACAUAUAUUUUGUACUGUCGCUAGGACCCAGGCUCAUGGCUGGCAGGAAGCCCUUCGACCUUAAAAAGAUUAUGGUUGUCUAUAACUUUGCACUGGUGUUUUUCUCGAUAUACAUAGUGUAUGAGUUUUUGAUGGCUGGCUGGGCUACAGGGUACACGUUCCAGUGUGAUCCAGUGGAUUACUCAAAUAGCCCCAAAGCUCUUCGAAUGGUACAUGUGGCAUGGCUGUUUUUAUUUUCCAAAUUUGUUGAACUGUUCGAUACGGUUUUCUUUGUCUUGCGGAAGAAAAACAGUCAGAUUACCUUCCUUCACAUCUUCCAUCAUUCAAUCAUGCCUUGGACCUGGUGGUGGGGAGUCAAGUUUGGACCAGGUGGUAUGGGAUCCUUCCAUGCCAUGGUGAACUCUAUCGUCCAUGUCAUCAUGUACUUCUAUUAUGGGCUAUCCGCAGCUGGUCCGGCUUUUCAGAAAUAUCUCUGGUGGAAAAAGUAUAUGACAGCAAUCCAGUUGGUCCAGUUUGUUGUUGUUUCACUACAUGUCACCCAGUACUACUUCAUGGAUCACUGUGAUUACCAGUUCCCCAUCUUCAUCCAUCUCGUGUGGAUGUACGGAACAUUCUUUUUUGUCCUUUUCUCCAACUUCUGGUACCAGGCCUACACAAAGGGCAGGAGGCUGCCCAAAGGCAGAGAAGGAAAGCAGAAAGCAGCUAUGAAGAACGGAAAGCCGGCAGCAGAGAAUGGCGGGCACUUGCUGGAAAAUGGGGAGGUGAUGAAUGGAAAAGUGAAGACAAAUUAACAUGAAAAUAACUUUUUUAAAUAAAUAAAACCAAUUAUUGUAUUUUUGUUUUUGGAAAGUUUUCAGGAGGGAGGGUGCAGCGAUUUAUCUGGUUUUGAACUUGACUUAAGAAUUUCAUGCAGUCGAUUAAUCAUUCUGGCACCAAGUUGAAAUUCAACCUGGGAAAAGCUGUCUGACUAAAUGUUUUAAGGAUCCUGUGUAAUUAACAAAUGAUGGGUUUAUGGUUAAUCAAGUCUGGAUUUUGUUUGGAAUCAUUGCACUUCUCUAAUUGUCAUUGGUUACAAGGAUAAAGCAGAUUGUGACAUGGGAAAGCUGGACCCCAUGCCUCUGACUAAGAAGGCCUGUUCAACACUAGUCUGCUUCAGGCUAAUCCGUGGACUUUCUGUAUCCUGAGGAGUUGAAUAUGUGCAAUUUUCCAGUCUCUGUUAUCCUACGACUACCACCAGUGUUGCAUUUUAAUAAUAUCCCAGAUCUGCAAAGAACUAAAAAAUGUAACGGUGUUGCCUUUUAACCCUUCCUCCGAAAACCUGCAAACAAUUAAACUCAUGCUGUCUAUUCUAGCCACCAUCACUGAGCAGUUGAAGGCCCUGUAAAAUUUCCUUCAAAUGGCCCACCCAGUUGGGUCUGUCUUUAGUAAUUUAUAAUAUGUAGUUACAAACUCUGUCACUAUAAAAUGUAACAUUAUACUAAUAUAAUUAGACAUUUUAGGUGUUUUUUUUUUGCUUGAUUCUAGCAAUGUUGCUGUAUAUUUUGGGAAUGAUGGAAACCACAAUAUUUAAAAAAAAAAGCUGCUAGGUGGGACAGUGUUAAUGUGGUCCAUACAGCAGGGAGAGAAUUUUUUUUAUGAAUGUUUUGUGGUGGACAGGUAGAGUUGGCUUUAAACGUUCAGUACUUGCUAAAUACCCUGUAGGCAAUGAGUCCCAUGAGUAACCCUUUUCCUCUUGAUCUGUCAUUACUGGGGGCUGAAUAACAAGCCAGUCAAGGGGUAGUGCUCAACACCCCCUCAUAUUGAGUUCUAAUUGGUCCCUGGAGAGUGAGAUCUACUGAAAUGGAUACUGUGGUUGUAACCAGAAUUGUCUAAUCCAUGUCUAGUGGAGCAGCAACCUCCAAUCUACACUUUGGGAAAAUAAAACUGUUUUGAGUAUAGGAGCUGCUGAAUUUGGAAAACACCUACUCUUUUUUUUACUCUAGUCUGAAGAGGCUUUCUCCCUUGCUCAUCUGCCUUACUAUCUAAAGCUGCAGGAUUAAUAGGACCCAGGUUGAUGCUGUAUGUAUAUACGGCUUCCCUUCAGUAGGUGCCAGCUGUAUGUCGAGAUGAGCAUCAUGUGAAGUAGCCCCAGGGCAUAAACAGUCAAUAGCACUCUUCAUCCAUCUCGAGCUCCAUUAGGAGCGAUUACAAAGUUUCCAUACUUGGAAAGCAGUACAGCUAUAUCUUUAGUUCUUUGCAAAUCUUUUUCUUGUUGCAGCCAAAACAGAUCCCCAUGAGUAAAAACAGUGAAGGAAGAUCUCUGGGAUUAUGAUAUCACAGGAGCAAGUUCCAAAAGGAAUUCUGACUCUGAAAUAAAUUCAAUUUCAAAA